AUAAGGAUCAGACUGGGUGACAUUUUGAUAUUUAUCGUUCCCUGCUGGUACAGUACACUUGCGAAUAACAUGUUUGUUAUUGAGUUUCUUCGUAGUCUGUUGGGCUCCUCCAACCCACCGCCGCCUCCGCCACAGAUCCCCAGGCCUCUGUUGGACUACGAUGAGGACCUCGUUUUUUGGAAGCCCGAGGACUGGUACCCAGCGCUGUGUCCGCCAGAGAUCCCCAAAAAAGAACUACUUCGAGACGUAGACUUUACGAGGGUGGACGAGGAAGCCAGAGAGACAGAGGAUUCGCUCAAAGAAAGUUUCGAUCUACUUAUCAAUCAUCUUACUAGGAAUGCGGACACCGAUCUACACAAGUUAAGAUCCAUUUUUGUGUGGAUGGGGGAUCAAGAGGUCGGAUGUCGAGAAGAGAAAUCAGAAUGCAAAAAUAAGCAGAGUCCUACAUAUUACCUACAGAAGGCAUGCAUAGAUGACACAUUCAUCAAUAAAAUGUUUGCUAAGAUGUGUAGAGCCGCAAAAAUACCAUGCAUACUUGUGAACGGCCAGGCAAAAGGUGCUUCUUACGACCCUGGUGAUGAGGACAUUAGAGGAGAAUGUACCUGGGCAGUUGUUUACGUGGCCGGCAGCUGGCGCUUCGUGUUUCCUCACUGGGCCUUUGUGUCAGUAAUUUACUACCAGAAAGGAAAAUGGAUGCUGGUUGAAGAUUCUGGAGAGGCUUCCAGACAACGAUUCACAGCAAAUUAUGGCUGUCAACUAUCAGAUUUUGAUGAAUUCUUCUGGCUUACCGACCCUGACAUGAUGCAAUACAUCUGUUAUACACCUACCAAGGAGUAUCAGCUGUUGCCUGAACCACAGACAAAAGAAAAAUUUCUUGCUUUGCCUUGCUUCAAUCAUUAUUAUUUCUCAUCUGGAUGGUCUCUAAUCGACCCUUUGACAUGCGAGAUCAAGACUGAACGUGGAUGGUGCUUCAUCAACUUCUGCAGUCCUACAGCAAGUUCUAAACUCAAAUACGAACUGUUUUUCAAUGAAAAUCGUUCGAGGACAUCUUUUCCGAAAGAUUUACAAAUUGAUCAUUAUGUAACCAUAUUGAAGAGGACAAAUCAGUCAAAGUCAAUAAUGGCCAGACUUCCAGUGAUUGGAACCUAUAAACUUGAAGUGAAUGGCGGUUUAGUAAAAUUUCGGAUUGUUUGUGAGCACGUGCCAUCUGACAUACGUCCCUUGCCGCCAUGUUCAGAGAACGGACAUGGAUUUACGGAAGAAGCAGCCAAAAACGGUUUGUCUCAGCCUUCCCACACACAGGGAGUGGUGCCGGUGAAAAGGGGUGAAGAGAUAGACUUAAGCUUUACGGUUCAGGAGGACAUCGACAUUAUGGCCACGCUGGUCCACCAUACUGGGAAACGCAAAAACCAAGACGUUCAGAAAGAAAAGGAGAGAGUGACAGUUAAUGUAAGAUUGCCGGAAGAUGACCCGAAACCAGAGUAUGCGAUAAUGAUAGAUAUCAUCAAAAACAGACUAGCAGAUGAAAGUUCAAAACAAAAAUUCACUAACAUUUUGAGCUACCUGCUGACCAGCGAUGAAACACUCAAUGCCGCCAUUGUGGACAAAGACAAGCAGGAACUUCUACAGUGCUACGAAGAACUUUAUGACUGGGUUGCCAAGGAUGACGAAAGACUGGUAGAACAAGCUGCCUUUCACGUCGAGAUGGCUGAUAUUAAAGAUCCUAUAUUAAAUAGAAAAAUUCGAGAAAAGAAGGCAAAGUUCAGUCGCAUGCGGCAGGAAGUACUUGCCGCGGCGAGAGAUAGAAACGUGGAUCGGCUGAAUCUUGCCUUGAGACACUGCAUGGAUUCAAACCUUGAUUACAGAGGAGACGUAGAAGAUGGCAAGAAAGUAUUGUUGGCAUUAUGCAAGGAAGAUGUAAAACAAGCUCUUAAAAAUCUUCAGGCCAACGAACUUCAUAAAAGUCUGGAUAAGGCAGCCAAUAGCUGUAUUAGUGAAUGGGUGCGGGAACAAGCCUGGUUCCAGAAAGGGCAAGAAGCAUACCGGAGACUAGAGAGGCUCCAAAGACAAAGACAGGAUCUACAGUCACUAAAGGAUGAAGAGAGAGCCAACAUGAUUAAACCUCCAGACUAUGUGAUUGAUGUCCUUUUUGCCACCUAUAUCCUGCUUGGAGAAAGUGAAAAGGAACUUGAUACGUGGCAAAAUAUCUGGAAAAAACUGAAACAAACGGGCGAAGAUGAACUGUUUACCAAGGCGAUCAGUUUUGACGACACUAAUUUGAGAAGAAGACGUGUGGAUCUUGCAGAAGAUAAGUUAAAGAAAUUGAAGCUUGGCGAUGAAGGCGUCAUCACACGCCUUCACUUGUGGUGUUUGGAAAGGAUUGCGACUUUCCGGCUGAGUCAGGAGAUCACCAUAAACUAACUUCGUAAAACUCAAGGAUAAGCAAAAGGUUCAGAUAAAGGUUAUAAUUCUUCUUCUCUGGUUUUGCUUUCCCUCUCUGCACCAUCGAUGACAAAUUGAUAACUACCUUGAGUUGAGGAGACUGAUCAUUGACCAAUAAUCAAUGCUUACAACUAAUUAUUUAACAGUUUUAAAUUUUUAAAACGUUUUUAAUGAAAAUCUCAGUUGUAUGCCAGUCUGUUGGUAAGGUCUGUUAGUGUCUGCAAAGUGUAGGCUACAAAUGGACCUUUCGUUUGAAGCUGAUUGUCAUGGUCAAGUAGGGUUUCAUGCAUGAUGUUCUCUAUGCUGAUAAACAGCGCAAGUGAUAGGAAUACCAUUGACGGAACCUUCUGUCACAUCAACGUCCACCGAGAUCAGUGUGACAAAUUAUCCUUCAGCUUUGAAAUGAAGAUUUUAGGAAAAGUUUCUUUAAAAGCUGAUGAAAAUAAGUAUGUAGCUAUUGUGGGGUAAUCUUAUCAAACGUUUUUACACUGUAUACCUUGAUCAUUAUUCAAAUGUCUACGGUCUACCAGCGUACUUUUAUUUCUGCGAUGUUGAUGGCUGCAUAAAACUUUUACUCAAGAUUAAAGACAUAAUUGAAUGAUGUCAAAUGGCCUGCUGUAUUAUUAUACAAACAUUUUGUUGGCAUUCUUUCAACGCUUUCCGAUCGUUGUAUGUACGAAUCCAUUUUUGUGGAAGAAGAGAGCAUUCCUGGACUGUAUACUGCGCCUUUCUCGCAAGAUUUUAUCGUUGAUACUGUACUUAAGAAUUUUUUUGAAGUUUAUUUUAGAUUAGACCACACAAAGAUUGGACACUGACCUCUGUUUACUACUCAGCGUAAACACAGAGCACGUGACAAACAUUUCUCUAUCGUGACUGAAGGUUCAGAAGACGCAUAGUCCUGUAAAUAAAGUUCCCAGGCUCCAUUGACUAAUUUGAACUUUAAGUGAGCUUGUUUAUUAUUACAUCAUCCUGCAUUACAUUUAUUAACAUGUACACCAUCUAAAAAAAUUGCUGUUCGAAAUAUAAAUCUGGUCUACGACAGGUUUUUUGUGAGUGCAUAAAAUAUUAAACUGAAGGUAACACAGACUGAUCCUUUUUUUCAACAAAAUUAUUAAUGUCAUUUUUCUGAUAUUUUAGCACUUAAUUAAUCAUAUCGUAUCGUUAAACUCUCUCUUUCUUUCUUUCUUUCUCUCACACACACACUCGCAAAGAAAUGUUUUGAAUUAUUUAAAGUCUAACCAUUUUUUCAGUAGUUCUCGUGUUUGUAUGCAGUGGUAGAAGUAAUAUAUUUGUUGAAAAUUAGAAUAUGUUGUCAAAUAUUUAACAUUGGCAUUGACCAUUGAGCUAAAAGCUACUUUGAUAAUAUUGUAUGCUACAUUUGCUUUAAUAAACAAAAUAUUUGGGUUUUCUUUUCUUUAGCCUAGACUUCACGUUUUGUAAAAGAUAACUCGUGUGUCAUUGUCUCAAACAAAUAAACACAAACAUCGCCAAGAUAUGAAGCACAAAUGCAAACUUUUAUUACUAUGAUAAUUGGAGAUUAUAAUAUUUAUAAAAUUUUUUCUAUGUGAUUUUUGUUUAGAUAACAUUUCUCAUUUCAAUUUCAAGACAAUAUGAAAAUAUGUUUUGUAAUUCUUGAAAUGUAUUAAUAAACCUUUUUUUAUAAACAGAACUUUUUAUAGAUAGUAGCAAGAUAUAGUUAUAUAUACAAAAUGUAAAAAUGUGUCUUCUUCUUGCAUAAACAAGUAAAUAUAGCCGUGUAUUUGUAGUCAUAUAAAUAUUAAGAGUAAUAAAUUUGAAAAUAUUUGCUUCAUAUAGAUUUCACAGAGAUGUGUGUUUGUUUGUGUUAUUAAUGCUUAAUCUGAAACCUUAUUAAUUGAAUUUUUUAAAAUUCUUGCAGUGAAUAAUAAACAUACUUUUUAUUUACAUUUGUGGCGUAGUGGGUUUGCAAAGGUGUAAGGUU